AUGGCGGCCGCUCAGUUAACGGAUGAGGAGCUCUUUUCCGAGUUAAAACGCUCGGGGAUAAUGCCCGGCCCUGUUACAGACAGCACACGGCCGGUUUACCUAAAGAAACUGAAGAAGCUGAGGGAAGAGCAAAGGCUUCGGCACGGGAAAGUGCGGGUACUUACGAACAACACAGCGGCGGCGCCUUCAGAAAGUGAGGGAAUUCUCAAGAGCGGCGGGGAUGUGACGCAUAAGAGAUACAGCCGCCAGAGCCCACCGAGGGAGCCAGCGAAACAGUCGCCGAUCCUUGGCUUCAGCUCCGAUGAGUCAGACGCGGACGCAGGGCUGGGAGCGCACGGGAGCCGGAGGGUUAGAGCUAACACACCCCAGUCCGAGAGGAAGCCGGGCCAGCUGCGGGCUACUGCAGACGCCAAUGCUGAUAGGCGGAAGGUGCCAGGUUGGUGGGAAAUGCGAAGGCCGCGGGGGGACAGCGAAGAAGAAGAAGACGACGAGGAGGAGGAAGAAGAAGAGGAAGGAACUGAAGAGGCGUCUAAAUGUCGGACUAUGAACGGCAGCCGGCACUCUUACUGCAGGGAUUACUCAGACACUGAUGAGGAGGAGCUGGGGAAGGACGAGCAGCAAGCGAGCCGCCGGAGUAGGCGGGGGUCGAGUAAACAGGCCAAGGAGCAGUGUAUGGACAGGGAUGACUUGCCCACUUGGCCAGGCUGGUCGAGGGAGGUGGCUGAUGUGUCUCCUCGACAUCGUGGAGCCGCCAGGAAGUCGCACACUGCGGCAGACUCUGACGGGGCGGGGAAUUUGAAGCGCAAAAACAACAAUCACCUGGAGAGCGGCUACAACAAGGAUCCCCCCAGGGUCUAUUUUCCCUCCAACAGCCUCCCCCCACGGAUGCCUCUGUCCAACCACACAGCAGCCCCUAACCACACGAAAUACUCGCACUAUCAAUACCCGGCCUCCAAGAGGCAACUCCAUAAGGUCGCAGAGCCCGAGGAGGCGCUCCUCCAGCAAUUCAAGAGGGAUGAGGUGUCUGCUGCAGGGAGAUUCAGUGCCCAUUACCUGUCCAUGUUCCUCCUGACCGCUGCCUGCCUUUUUUUCUUGCUGCUAGGGCUCACCUACCUGAGGAUGAGAGGCACCAGUCUUCCUGCCAAUGAAAACUUAAGAAGUACAGAGGACCUUAACGUGGAUCAGAGUAAGAAAAACCUGAUGACUACUUUACAGAAACUGCAUGAGAAACUAUCAAAAACAGCAGGUGAUUACAUAUGUGGCAACACUGAUCACCCUAAUAUAUCCGUCCAGGACGCAAGGCAGUAUUUAAAGACAUUAGGUCAGGAAUAUGAGCAUGAAUUUAAUAACACAUUGGUGUGGAUUUUAGAACACUCUGCUACAAGAGAUGUUGGUAUCAAGUGCUUUUCUGAUCCUGAUUCCAUAUUAAACAUAACCAGUGUGAAAUACCUGGAAUCAACUCUGCCCAAGUUGUCGUUUAUGUGCCGAAUCAAACGUGCAGUUUUCACUGUAGCGCACAGGUCAUCAAUUUUUUUUAUUGGAGUUGGUGUGCUCUUUGGUCUACUGCGAUACAUGAAAUAUCGUUGGGCAAAAGAAGAGGAAGAGACUAAGCAAAUGUAUGACAUGGUUGUAAAAAUUAUAGAUGUUUUAAAAAGUCACAAUGAGGCUUGCCAGGAAAAUAAAGAUUUGGAGCCGUAUACACCAAUCCCUCAUGUGCGGGAUUCUUUAAUAUUGCCUCAAGACAGGAAGAAAAUGAAGAAAGUUUGGGACCGGGCAGUUGAAUUUUUGGAUGCCAAUGAAUCCAGAGUACGCACAGAGACUCAGAAAAUAGGUGGGGCAGACUUCCAGGUGUGGAAAUGGAUUCAGCCGUCUUCAACAUGUGAUAAAAUCUCAGUCAUGCCUUCUAAAGUUUGGCAAGGACAAGCUUUUCAUUUGGAUAGAAGAAAUUCUCCUCCAAAUAGCCUGACUCCCUGUUUAAAAAUACGCAAUAUGUUUGAUCCAGUUAUGGAAAUUGGAGAUCAUUGGGACUUGGCAAUUCAAGAAGCAAUAUUGGAGAAAUGUAGUGAUAAUGAGGGGAUUGUUCACAUUGCUGUCGAUAAGAAUUCACGCGAGGGUUGUGUAUAUGUGAAAUGUUUAUCUCCAGAAUUUGCAGGAAAGGCAUUUAAAGCAUUGCAUGGCUCAUGGUUUGAUGGAAAGCUGGUGACUGUGAAAUAUCUGCGAUUAGAUCGAUAUCAUCAUCGCUUCCCUCAGGCCUUUACAUGCAGCACUCCUUUAAAGCCUUCAAACACACACAUGAACUCACUGUUACACUUAAAUCUUCGGACUGGCGCAUCAAAUUUGCAGUCAUGCUCUUGAAGAUAUUGCAUUUGUUAUGACUGUUCUAAUUACAGCAGAAAAAUCUACUUGUGGGGGAAACUUCAUCUGUCUUCCUUUUUUCCACCCUCAUCUUCAUCAUUUUGUCCUAUUUCCUCUGGUAUUGGAGGUCAUUUAGACUUUUUCAAAGUGGGGAAAGAUUCAUAGGGCCCCACUUAUUUUUUUAACAGGAGAAUGGAUUUAAAUGCAAUGGCUUACAGUGCAUCUUGUUUAGAGUUGUUUUUGUUUGUUUCUUUAAGACAAUUUUCAGAUAUUGCUGACCCUGAUGACUGUUUUUGCUACAGUGAAAUGCGGAAGAUAAUUUAUUGAAUUCCUACAGUUUGUUUUUGUCUAUACAAAUAUUUACCCUGAUCAUACAACUGUCCUUUUUAGAUAAACUGUUUAGACCUGCUGCUGUAGAUAGUGAUUUUUAUUACAGCUGAAGUACAGGUUAAAUCUAGCUGGUUUCUGCAGGAAAUUGAAAAAUUUUUUUUAUUUUAAUUUAAAAGUGAUGGCAAUGGCAAAAGUCCUUCGUGCAAAUGUCUGCUUUAAAGCAGUGAAUAAGCUUCCUAUUUUAUUCAUAACAUAAUGUUAUUUUAUAUAAUAAUUUUGGCUGCACCAUCUCCUAAAGGUCAAACAGCCAAAUACCUUUAAAAGUAUUAGAAAGAAAACUUUAAAUAUCUUUUAUAGGUUUUAUAUAAAAUGUCUGUUUGUGCAAGGUCUGAUACCAAUUGUAAAAAUUCAAAUUAUUGUGAGCAAUAAAGAAACAAUUGGCAGAUGCUGGGCAA